AUGCGUAGUAUUUUAUUGCAUACAAACAUCGGUCGAAUAACCCCUUGUACCAACGGCAAAAAAUGCAAAAUUUCAUACGUCUCGUGCGAUCGAUGCCUGCUUGGAGGCAUCUUCAAGUGCACCGAGGACUCGCAGUGUUGUCGCACUUACCUCAGUCAGCGCGAUCUGCAGGCACACAUUGACCAUCGCCACAAACCCAAAACUACUGCCGCUGCACCGAUCACGAUGGCUGCAACGAAAGCCGGCUUGGCGCCCGGUGUUACCUCCACCGCAAAUCCACCUCCAUCAUCCACCGGUGUCGCUCCACCUUCCUUCCUCAUCCCACCCCCCGCAAACUUCAGCAUCCCACCUCCACCCUUCCUCUCCACCCCUCCCACGUCAGCGGCAUUACCACCUGCAAAUGCGCUCCUGGUCGCUCCAUCUCCAUCUCAGCAACUGUCACGCCGAGUUGCUGGUAGCAGUGGUGGCGACAUCACCAGCGACGAUGCGGCCAACUCGGCUGUCACUAUCGCUGCCCUUGCUGCGGCCAUUCGAGCCAAUCCUUCGGCUGCUGCUGCCACUGCUGCUGCAGCCGUCAGUUUGAAGGUUGCACCACUGUGCCCCACCUCCGCGACCCGCCUUCCACCCCCGCAUCAUCCUCAUGUCCCCUCCCACCUCACUCCCAACCCUCUCUGGUCCAGUGGCAAUCAAGCACUGAAGAGGGAAAAGGAGAAGCAGGAGGAGGAGGCGGCGGCAAUAUAUCACCACGUUUGA